AUGGUAUUUUUACAAAAUGAAAGAGGAAAGGAGAACUUUUUUAAAAAAUAUUUUAUAAAAAGUAUAGAUAUAAAUAAAUUAUCAAUUACACAAAAAUAUUUAAUAUUUACAUUAUUCUGUAUCUAUAUAACGACAUGCGUAGGAAUAUUUUUUAAUUGGAUAUCUUUAUCAGACUUUUUUUAUAGUGGAAAUGUAUACAUAAAUUAUUGUAAUGAACAAAAUAAAAAUAUAAAAAAUGAAAGCACUCAAAAGUAUAGUUGUGAAGAACAAGAUAAAAAGGUUCAAUCUUUGUAUCCAAUUAUUCUUUGUUCUAAUUUUAUUAUGUCAGCUAUAUCCGGUAUUUUUUUUGAUUAUUGUGGACCGAAAAUUACAGCAUUGAUUGGACAUAGUUUUAAUAUACUUUCUUGGAUUUUAAUUGGAUUACAAGGAGAAGGAAACAAUAGUAUAAUUUUUGGUGGUAUAUUUUUAGGAUUAUCUUGUGAUUCCACUUUUAUUCCUAUUCUUAAUUUAAUUUAUUUAUUUCCUAAACAUCAUACUGUUUAUACUGUUAUAUUAGGAUGCUGCGCUUCUUUAAGUUUUUCCAUACCAAUAUUUUUAGAAUUAUUUUCUAAAGAUAAUGAUUCAAAUUCUUUUCAGUUAAUUUGCUUUUUAUAUUGUAUUAUUAUUUUAGUCCCCUUUUUCUUUGUUUUACUAAUUUUUCUUCCGUGGAAACAUAUACAAACUCCCACAGAAGAAAAUAUAAAAACUCGUAAUACUACUAUCCAAGAACUAGAAAGUUAUGUCCUUUCAUAUCAUAUGGGAGACGUAAAGUCAAAUAAUUCUAAAACUGAUACUACAGAAAAUCAAAAUAAUUCAUUAGGUAGAGAAAAUCAUCAAGAAAAAGAAAAAAUAAAAGACUUUGUUAGAAAUAGUAAUACUUUAGACAUGAUAAAAUUGAAAAAUGAAAACAGUAAAAAAAAUGAGGAUAAUCAAUUGUUGGAAUAUGAAGAAAAAAAAAAUUAUUUAGGGAAAGAAAAUUUAUUUCAAGAAAUAGAAAAAGAAAAAAAAUUACAUUCAUUAUCUGAAGAUAAAGAUUUUAAUGAACAAAUAAAUUUAUCCGUUUCACAAAGCAUAAUUUUAAGAAGAAAAGAUAAAAUAGAAAGUAGUAAAAUUAAUGAAAAUUUUUCAGAGGAUGACGUUGAAAAAAGAAAAAGUACACCUAAAAAUGAAGAAGACAAUAUAGAAAAAAAGAAAAAACACAAGUACAGCAUCCUAAGUAACUAUUGGCAAGAAAUUAAAUUGAUAUUCUUUUCCUUAAAAUAUAUAAGUAUUUGCUAUUAUUUUACCAUAUUUAAUUUAUCUUUAGUAAAUUAUAAUGAAUGUGCUAAAUUAUUUUUUAAAGACUACAAUGAUAUACAAAAUUUACUUAAAAUAUUUGGCCCUUUAUCAGUCUUUCCUUGUGCUUUAUUGGGAUUUUUAAUUCGAAAAAUUCAUAUACUUCCUAUAAUAUUUUGUUUACUGAUGAGUAAUAUAUUCAUGUACACAUUUGCUGUUUUAAAAUUAAAAAUUUUUGCUUAUUUUAGUUCUUUUUGUUAUUUAAUUGUAACUGGAUGUUAUACUACACAGCUUUAUUGCUAUAUUCAACUUAUGUUUCCAAAGUGCCAUUUUGGAAAAAUUGCUGGAACUACUAGUAUGAUAAGUGGCUUAUUAUCUUUAUUAAACAUACCUAUUUAUAAUUAUUAUAUUGUAGAUUAUAACAAUAAUGAUCCUAAUCCUUUUGCAUAUAUUGUUAUUGUACUUUUAAUUUCUACAUUUCCUCUCCUGUUUUAUAUUUAUAAGGAAAAUAGAAAGGAAAUGUUAAAUUUAUAA